GUGCGUGUGCGUGUGAUUGCCACGGCGUCUCAGUGUUGUGUCACGGUCACGCGCUCAAAGGGCUGCAGACUCGUGAACGCGCCUCGUCCUCUCUCAUUGAUAGGAGCAGCAGCAGCAGCAGCAGCGGGGACGCGAACGUAAAGGCUGGUGUAACUUCAUUUGUCCUCGCCCCUGCACGCAGCAGCCUCACAGAUAGACAGAGCAACCAGCCUGCAAGAAGAGUGCUGCCAGGACCUCAUGGAAUAUAUUUAAUCAGUGCCACCCAGCCAAUGCUACGCCUUGUUUCAUAUCUCCAUUGUCCCAGUGCAAACACCUAUUUGAUAACGUCGUCCUGAGAACAGUCUUGAAAACAGCGCUGCUCCACUCAGAUGCUGCUGAAGAGAAGUUUGAGGACCUAAUUAUUGUUUUUCUUUGUUAGUUUGUGUCGGAUCAAGUGCAAUCAUGGGGGCCACGGGCUACGGCUACUAUCGUGUAGUCAUCUUCUCGUGCAUGUUCAUGGGCUACUCGCUGUACUUCUUCAACAGGAAGACCUUCUCCUUCGUCAUGCCCUCUGUGAUGGAGGAGAUUGAACUGGACAAAGAUGACUUGGGUCUGAUCACCAGCAGCCAGACAAUGGCCUACGCCAUCAGUAAGUUUAUCAGCGGCGUGCUGUCUGAUCAGAUCAGCGCCCGCUGGCUGUUCUCCAUCGGCCUCUUCCUGGUGGGGGGCAUCAACAUCGCCUUCUCCUGGUCCUCCACUGUAUCCAUGUUCUCACUGCUCUGGUUCAUCAACGGCCUGGGACAGGGCUGUGGCUGGCCCCCCUGUGGGAAAGUGCUGCGCAAGUGGUUUGACCCCUCCCAGUUUGGAACAUGGUGGUCGGUGCUGUCCUGCAGUAUGAACCUGGCCGGGAGUCUGGGUCCAAUCCUGGUUACGGUGCUCCUGCAGUACUAUGACUGGAGGACGAUCCUGACCAUGUCGGGCAUUUUCUGUGCCUCCUUCUCCUUUGUUUGUCUGGUGUUUGUAAAGAAUGAGCCAAAGGACGUGGGCCUUCCCAGCAUCCAGCCCGCAGCCAAGAAGGGGGCGAAGGGAGGCAACAGCGAGAGCACCCUGAGAGAAUUCCUCCUCUCCCCCUUCCUGUGGGUGCUGUCUCUGGGCUACUUGGUGGUGUUUGGGGUGAAGACAGCUGCCACCGACUGGGGACAGCUAUUCCUCAUGCAGGAGAAAGGCCAGACCGCUCUUAUGGGCAGCACCUACAUGAGUGCCUUGGAGGUGGGAGGAUUUAUUGGCAGUCUUGCAUCAGGCUUGAUCUCAGACAGAGCCGUGGCUCGGAAAGGCUUGGGCACCCAUGGAAACCCCCGACAUGGCCUGCUCAUUGUCAUGAUGGCUGGUAUGUAUGUGUCCAUGUUCCUCUUCAGAGUCACCGUUACAACUGAAAUCCCAAAGGAGGCUCCUCUUUGGGUUCAAGUCAUUCAUCCCCUGUCCGUCCUCAUCGGGGUGACAGAAAAAGAGAUCUGGAUCCUCUUCCUUGGUGCUAUUUUUGGAUUUUCUUCCUACGGACCAAUUGCCUUGUUUGGGGUGAUAGCCAGUGAAAGUGCUCCUUCAAACUUCUGUGGAACCUCUCAUGCUGUCGUGGCCCUGAUGGCGAAUGUGGGCGCUUUUAUGGCGGGGCUUCCCUUCAGCACUAUUGCCAAACAGCACAGCUGGGACAUGGCCUUCUGGGUAGCCGAGGUGACAAUAGGAAUCGCAACCAUCGCUUUCUUCCUUGUACGUAACAUGCGCACCAAAAUGGGAAGGGUCGCGGAGAAAAUGGACUAAAGUACCUGCCUGAAAUGAGCCACAUGUGCUUUGGUGUGAAUAUAGACGGACUGAGAUUAUGCACUGUUGAGUGCUCUGUAUACAGAAUACUGCACAUUAAUACAUCUCCUAUCUGACCAAUAAAUGUACAUACUCAGGGUGGGUGGAGGUUGUCAAAUCCCUUCUAAUUCACAGCACUUUUCUUCACACACAACUACAGUAGAUCCUAAUUGUGAAUCACAUGCUUACAUUUUAGUGCUUCCACAUGAUCUAGAAGCCAUUUUCAUGAACUGUACAGAUAUUUCAAAGUUGCUUUAUGACAUCUGUGUGCUAAAGAGAACAAGAACAAGUCUUUAAAUGUUUGGGUGGAUUCAGUGGAGAUACAGUGAAUGUGUGCCUCUCACUGCAUACCCUGCCUUCAGUGGAGGUAUUUAACUUAUUGAAUGUUUACUGAUGGUUCUGUAUAUUAUAGACUUGUAUUUGCACAAAUGUAGCAUGUAUCAUGGUCAUCGAUCAUUUUACUAAUACCUCAAGUAUUUGUAAAAUGUAAUAGGUUCAUUAUGUCACUGAAAUUAGGUAACUGGAGAACAUGGGAUUUUUAUAUUUAUUCUACAGAAAAAAACUGCAAUAUUCUGAGGCCAUGUCAGAUUUUUGAUGCGAUGUGUUUUUAAGGAUCUCUAUAUAUAAGACUACAGGUGUUUAGUCACUGCCAUUGUAGUUGUGUACUGCAGUUACAACUUAUAAACUGACAACUUUCUCUUGUCUUCAAUCUGAGUCAACUGUGUCAUCUCUAAUGAUGAAUGUGGUCAAAAAACAGCCACUCGAACAAAUCUAUAUCUUACAGAAUUUGUACAAUGGACUUGAAAUGCCAAAAGAAUUCUAAUAAUAAAUUUGAAAUUGAAUUAAACUA